UGUUUCCGGUCAGCGUCGCCAUCUGCUUUCUCGUCCUUCUCCAAUCUCCGUGUUGUUGUUCCCGGUGACGCGGCGGAGGUGUAGCCUGACGCGGGCUCUUACGUGUCGGCCAGAAUAAAAGUGGAGCUCCGGAGACCCGGGAGUGACGAAAGGGUGUCUGUAUCGCUUCGCCAAUGAAGAUGGAGCCAGCAGCCGAGACUCAGCAGGCGGCGGACACUGCUGUGACUGAGACAGAGAGCCAGCAGAUCACCCCAGCACAGAUCGCCACUUUAGCACAGGUAUCCAUGACAGCAGGACACGCCUCGGCAACGGGUCCCACCGUAACGCUGGUGCAGCUUCCAAAUGGACAGACGGUCCAGGUUCAUGGAGUCAUUCAGGCCGCACAGCCGUCCGUCAUCCAGUCCCCCCAGGUCCAGGCUGUGCAGAUCUCCACCAUAGCUGAAAGCGAAGACUCUCAGGAGUCAGUCGAUAGCGUGACGGACUCCCAGAAGCGCAGAGAGAUUCUAUCGCGGCGUCCAUCAUACAGGAAAAUCCUGAACGACCUUUCGUCUGACGCGCCAGCGGUCCCUCGAAUCGAGGAGGAAAAGGCUGAGGAGGACUCGUCUGCUGCCGCAGCUACGCCCGCCAUCACCACCGUUACCGUGCCGACACCCAUCUACCAGACCAGCAGUGGACAGUAUAUUGCGAUCACGCAGGGCGGAGCCAUUCAGCUGGCCAAUAACGGCACAGAUGGAGUUCAGGGCCUUCAGACUCUGACCAUGACCAACGCUGCUGCAGCGGCCGCCCAGCCGGGAACCACCAUCCUGCAGUACGCACAGACCAGCGACGGCCAGCAGAUACUGGUUCCCAGUAACCAGGUGGUGGUCCAAGCCACCUCAGGCGAUGUUCAGGCCUAUCAAAUCCGAGCGGCUCCAGCCAACACCAUCACCCCUGGCGUUGUCAUGGCGUCCUCUCCCGCCCUCCCGACACAAGGAGCCACAGAAGAAGUCACCAGAAAACGGGAAGUCCGACUCAUGAAGAACAGAGAGGCAGCCCGGGAAUGUCGCAGGAAGAAGAAGGAGUAUGUUAAAUGUCUGGAGAACAGAGUCGCCGUCCUGGAGAACCAAAACAAGACGCUAAUCGAAGAACUGAAAGCACUUAAGGAUCUUUACUGUCAUAAAUCCGAGUAGCUCGUGUCCUGAGCACAGAGCCGGGCCAAGUAGUUUUCUGGUUUCCUUCAAAUGCUCUGACUGUUUGAUUCUGGCCUUCCAAUCUACUCAUGGCUGGCCUGUUUUGUUUUUGUUUUUGUGUUUGUUUGUUUGUUUGGUUUUUUUUACCCAAUAAGGUCCACCCUUAUGACCUUUUCUUCAACAGUACAAUACAUUUUGACAACAUAAAGUAGUGUGCUGUCAUUGGGAUCAAUAGGGAAAGCAUGAGAGAAGUGCCAUCUAAGACGUGGCACUCUAAACUAAUAGCCAGAAUCCUGUUGAACAUUAUUUAAUUUGGUGCUGGAUGCUGCUGAGAUCAGCAUGCCGUCGUGGUUUCAAGCCACCGCCCACAUUCGUUUGUGCGUCGUUGCGUUUGUGCUCUUUGUUGUGAUUCUUUUUCUGUCGUGUUGGAAAAAAGGUGCCUGAGUCAAACGAUGCCAUGGAAAUACAAGCUGUAGAUUUUGUUUUCGACGCAGGCGCUUGAUUUCUACGCUUUGCCGUAGCUCGGGGGGUUAGAUCCUGGGACGGACCGCGCAUUUCAGAUCAUGUCUUCUAAACGUUUCUGAGCUGUUCAUCAUCACUUGGCCUCACUGGACUCGAGGAAAGUUUGUGUUUACUGUGCAAGCAAUAAUGUCUUUUGAAGUUUAUCGCUGUUUAGCCCAACAUAGUUAGAAACGCCUCCAAGACGCCGCCUUUUUAUUCAGCUGGAAAAUAUAUUUAUGAUUUAUAUAUAUUUUUUUCUUUAUCAACAUUUUAUGAUGUAUGAAACGGCCCCAAUGUAAAAUGUUUUACUGGUUGGGGUGGGACUCUAACCUUGACGAGAAUUAUGCCUUACAGAUCAGUCUCCAACUAAAUGGGGAAAACUAAUUGAGAUUUGCUACCAACACCCAAUACUGUAGGACAGUUGUGGUGUAACAAAACAAGUGUCUGCUCUGUUGUGUAUUGUAUAUAUUUAUUAACCUCUCUACCUGUAAGUACUAGGAAUAUGCCAGUGAAGGUUUUUUUUGCCUGCAAAACUGAUCUGAGUCAUUUAAAUAAAGGCAUUUGGCAAUAUUUACACACCGUUCGAAACUUAACAUGAAUCAACGCCGUGUGCGGUAAAAUAAAGCACUACAUUUCAUAAGAAUUACAUCGUCCACAUCAUUGAUUGAGCAGCAUUCAACUGACAAACGAUGCUCAUGUUGACAGAUUUUCUCUCUUUUUUUUUUUUUUUUCCAACUGGGGAACAUAGCAAGCCUCAAUUUGCUCCUCCAACCAGUUAGCUAGGUUUGGAAAGCUAAUAUAAUGUUCUAAAACUGCACCACUGAAACAUGCAUAACUUUAUCGUUUGUUUGUAAACAUAUGUCUUCGUAAACAGCCUCAUAAGCCCACACAUUUCUUCUGCUGACAGUGUUUUCAUGAGGUGCAGCUUGCUAAUGCUAGCAUUUUCUAUGUGACUUGUUGAAUCUCGUGGUGAACGAUAUCAGCGUAGUUCCAAAUAAUCAGGUGCGGACAAAAUGUUGUGCAUCAUAACAUUUAAUGAGUAGUGUUUCAACUGCUCUCUCUCUCCCAGGACGGCUUUACUCCCUUUUUAGCUUUCGCCGUCGAUGUCGUACGCCGUGGUGGGAGUGCUGGCUAGAAGAUUGAGAAAAGGUACAGAAAACACAAGUAUCCUGAGUUUAGUUGUGAGAUAGAAGGUGUUAGAUUAACAAUCAUUUGGGAAAUAAUAUAAAAAUAAUAUUUUUGUUCAAUUUUUGCCUAUUUUUCGCACGAAAAAUAGAAAACUGAACAAUAGUCCAUUUGGACUGCUAGUUGGUAAUUGGCACCCAAACAAAAUUUCUGGGGAUAUUUUUUUGUGAUCUUAUGGUUGAAGUGGCUGUUUCUUCAUGUUAACCUCUUAUGUUACUUGUUACAUCUCCAGAUAUAAAAAAAAACAAAACAAAAAAAAAAACGUGUGAAACGAUGCCUUUUAAAGCAGAACAGCACAACCUAGAACGGUUUCAAAAAAAUAGGUUUGAAAUGUAAAUUUGAAAUCUAUAACCUGUUGUUAUUUCAGAUAACUGUACAAAAUUAUUUUAUAAAUUCCUCUUUGUUUUUCUCACUUUUGUAUUAUUUUGACUUUUUUUUUAUUUCAGUCAAAUAGUCAUGUAAAUGUAGGAAAUUGCUGUUAUUUUAUUUUGUAGCAAAUUGAAUCUAGAAAUGCAAUUUGUUACAAUUUCUUGAAAAUAACACAAGUUGUGUAUUACAUCCUAUUGGAAUGAGAACCCUUGUGUGUGUGUGUGCGUGCGUGUGUGUGUGCGCGCGCGCGUUGAGAAGAAACUCGUAUGUAAUUGUCUAUAUUUUAUAUUACUGUACAUAAACUCUACAGCAUGUGUAGACCUCAUAUAUUUCAGUUUAUUUGACAAAUGUUUUUAUGACUUGUACGGAGAGACAAAAAAAAAACAAAAAAGAGAAAACUUUGCAUAUUUGUAAUAUACAUUAGUAUAUAAUUCAAAGCAAUGUAUUAUUGUAUGUGUGCAUUGACAUGUCCCUCCUGGCCAACCAGCGUAAUGGCAGCUAUUGAAUGAGGAACGGCCUGUGUUGGAGGUGUUUGAUUUUUUUUUUUUGGAUCAGCUGUGUUUGUAGAAAAAGAGUAAAUGUGUUUGAAAGACGUCUGGCCACAACACAGAAGUCAAUCGGAUCUACUCUUGUCAAUCUGUGAAUGUUUCUGUUUCGAGCUUUAUAUAUAAAUCUUUUACGUGUAAACUGCUCCAACGCCAAAUCUUUUUAUAUAUAGAUUACAAACUUAUCAAAUGAAAGCACAACGCUCCGCCCCAAACGCCAACCCCUUAAGUCUUUAUAUUUUUCUUAAUUCGAUUUUAUCUGCGCUUAUUUUGGUUAAUUUUGUCAUUGGUUUUGUUUGCACUUGAAUGGAAAAUGACUGGAAUAUCACUCCAUCCAGAAACCAACUCGGUGAACGAGGUGAAAAUAACAAAAAAACAUUUAGAUUUUUUAGUUUGGUCUAAAAACAUCACAGCAUUAUAAAGUUAAGUCUCAACCUUCUGUGUUGACCUAAAAAAAAGUUUGACCAUUUAAAAUUAUUUGUUUAUAAAAAUAACCUCAGUUUUGACAAACAGACAUUGUGGUUUGAUUUGAAAUUACCCAACAAUGGUACCUAAGUCCUGUGACAACGUAGAAAUAAAAUAAUUCAGCCAAGUGACUUUUGUUUUUGUUUUUUUUUUUACCUAUUACUUCUCAAUGUUAAAUCAUCUUUCUUUACUGUAAAUUUUUCUCAAAUUAGUUUCAAGGCAUUAAAAAAGGUUUUGGACAAGUCAAAGCACUAAUAGUAACUUUAAUCAUCAGAUUAGCAUGUAAUAUAGCUUUUACAUCCCGUUUUGCUUUACAGUGUGGCGUAAUGGAUCAAUGUAAAGACGAGACAUAUUCAUUGAGUUUACUGUCCUUUUUGGAUCGAUGGGAAUGAGGUGAACUUUAUAUAUACGAGUUUUGAUAAUUCACACAGAGUGUCAAAAUCAGUAUCACGAUAUGUACGUUGUGUUCAGGGCUUAUUUUCACUGAACGAUAUUUGAGUUACUCUAAAAUGUGUACUCUUGAAGGAAAAAUAAAAAUAAUUGCCACC